AUUAACGAUGUAAGAAAGUUACACAUGGAUGGACUUCUAGUGCCAGAACUCAUCCCUGAUUCCAUACACUUCGUGACGGCACAUGACAAGGAGGGCAAAGAAUACUGCAAGUUGCCGCUGACAUAUUGUGACAAAACACUUAUUUCUGCUAAUGAGGGAGCAAAUAAUCCAACUACUUCUGCAUCAAUGACAUCGAAUAUUCACUCAAUGGGAAUGAUUCUUAUCGAAUUAUUGGCCUCGAGUGCACUCGACUCGUAUGACGCUGACCAUUGGGAAUCAAAUAUUGCCCGCUUAUCGAAACAACAAAUAUAUCUGGAACACCUCGAUUUAUUGAAUGAAAUAGAAAAUAUGAUAACCUCGAACGACAAGCUAAGAAUGACUUCCGAAAAACUUAAGCACUUGGAUAUCCCAAGCAUUAGCUUAAAUGAUAAAGCAGAAAUAUUUUCCGUUGAGCAGAAGGACUUGCACAUUCUUGGACUCCUAGCAAACGACGAGGUUGGAGUCGAAGUAAUAAAAAUAAUGUUUAAGGAUUUGGGGGAGCUAGAGACGAAUGGGGAACUUAAUUGUGACAAAGUGAUCGAUCUGCUCCUAGAAAUGCUUGAUAAAAUUGGAAGAACGGAAGACUUUGAGGAAGUUCAAAGUUCCAGAGGAAAAUUUAAAACAUUACGAGACAUUUUGAACGGAUACCUUGAAGGGGCCUUGUUUUACUCGCAACUCAUCUUUAAACAUCUUCUGUACGAGUGUAAUUUAUACAACAAUGAGACAUUCAGGGAAAAGUUGUUUACCAUAAUUCAGAAAACUUGGUUAGCACAGUUCCAGGCCAUUGAGGCGAUAGGAAGUGGCGCAUUUGGCUUUGUAUUUAAAGCAAAUAGUAAAGAAGACGAUGGUGUAGCUUACGCAAUGAAAAUUGUCAUCCCGAGCAGUGAGAAAGAGGAGCUGUAUGCCGUAGAAGAAGUUAAAAAUAUGAAUAGCAUGAAACAUCCAAAUAUUAUGGGGAUUUCGGAGUUUGUGGAGGAAAAUCAAUUUACAGAAUUUGAGAUCAGGAAUUUAUUUAGUUUCCCAGAAACUAUUGAAAUAUCGGACAGCAUGAUCGAAAGUGACGUAUCCAGCACUGAAGAAUCCCUCGCUGCUGUUAAAAAAAUAAUAAUACGCUCCAAGACAAGUCUGGUGAAAGGUUGGAUAAUUACAAUGGCUUUGGCAGGAUCUACGUUAAGUAAUUGGCUAAAGGACAGCAUGGCCGAGAGAAAAGAACCAAAUGUUAAAACAGGUCAAAAACAACUUAAAAUUGUACGUGACCUGAUGCGAGGAAUGAAAUAUUUGCAAGCCAAAGGAAUCAUGCACUCGGAUCUAAAACCGGACAACAUUCUCUUUUCGCUAAACGAAAGGGAAGAAUCCAAGUAUUCGCUUCCUGUUCAAAUCGGAGAUCUCGGCCUGUCCAGAAUAUUUCCAAAUAAUUCCGACGUUCAGCAAAGUGGAGGAAUUAUUCCAUCGAAAAGAGGGAACACAAGAUAUCAAGCACCAGAAGUUAGGAGUGGUUUAGAACAGUAUACGCUGAACUCGGAGUUGUAUUCGAUUGGUCUAAUUAUUUUGGAAGUGCUAAACCCAAUAGCACCAAGUAAUUUGACAAAAAUGCUGCAUAAACUGCAUAAAAGUGUAACAAAUUUAGCUCCAAAUCAUCAGUCAGCGGAGGAUGUAGAAGUUGAGAUGCUAAUUCAUAUAUUGUUGAAAAUGACGAAAGCAAAUCCACGUGAAAGAAUGAGUUGUGAUGAAUUCCAAAGAUUGGAUAUUGACUGGAUUAAGCUGCAUAAUUUUAAACCUUGCGAAGUUCAGCGUAGAAUUAAGCAAACUUUAUUGUUACCCGAUGAGGGAAAUUGAAUUACGAGUAUAAACGGAGAAUUUGAAAUAAUAUAGGAAUUUGAUAGUGGGGAAUUUUGCUUAAUAUUAGUUAAUUUAGUGCUAGCCAAUUAUCUAAACCUUUAUGGAAUUUUAUUCAGAUGAAAUUAAAUUGAUAUGUUGCUCAAAUUUAA